CUCCUCCUCCUCAUCAUCAUCAACAAGACAUGGGAACUCUUCCCAAGCUGUCUGAGCCACACAACACGACGGUCGUCCCAUACCCCCCUGUUCCCUCCAUUAAUCCACAAUCCGUUGUACGGCCCACUCUGUUUCCUAUAACAUUGAAGUUUGAAGAAGUGGGAUAUAAAGUAAGUCUGGAGCAGAAGGGAUGUUGCUGGGAUGGCACAUGGAGCAGCAAAGAGAAGACCAUACUCAAGGGGAUAACAGGCAUGGUUUGUCCAGGAGAGAUCUUGGCGAUGCUGGGUCCAUCGGGCAGCGGUAAGACCACCCUCCUUACGGCCCUUGGAGGUCGCCUAACAGGCCGGAAACUCUCAGGUAAGAUCACAUACAACGGACAGCCAUUCUCAGGCACCAUCCAACGACGGACAGGAUUCGUGGCACAGGACGAUGUACUGUACCCACAUCUCACUGUGACUGAGACAUUGGUAUUCACAGCAUUACUAAGAUUGCCAGGCACCUUGACAAGGGAUGAGAAAGUACAGCACGCAGAGGAAGUGAUCACUGAAUUGGGACUUAGCCGGUGCAGGAACAGCAUGAUAGGAGGUCCACUAUUUAGAGGGAUAUCAGGUGGUGAGAAGAAGAGGGUGAGUAUUGGUCAAGAAAUGCUGGUCAACCCAAGUCUUCUAUUACUGGAUGAACCCACUUCAGGUUUGGACUCAACCACGGCUCUGAGGAUCAUGACCACAGUCAAGCAACUUGCCAGCGGUGGGCGCACCGUGGUCACCACCAUUCACCAGCCCUCAAGCCGAUUGUACCACAUGUUUGACAAGUUGGUCUUGCUCUCUGAAGGUUGCCCCAUCUACCAUGGCCCUGCAUCAGCUGCCUUGGACUACUUUUCCUCAAUUGGCUUCUCCACAUCUGUCACUGUCAACCCCGCAGAUCUCCUACUUGACCUUGCCAAUGGGAUUGCACCUGAUUCAAAGCACAUCAGCGACCAAGGUGAACUUCAGGGUAGUGCUGAACAAGAGCAGAAAUCAGUGAGGGAGGCUCUCAUCUCUGCUUAUGACAAGAAUAUUGCUACAAGGUUGAAGGCAGAGCUUUGCAGUUUGGACAUCAAUAACUAUAGUUGCAACAGAGAUGCAUCUGCAAGGAAGAAAGAGCAAUGGAGCACAAGCUGGUGGCAGCAAUUUAAGGUCCUACUAAGGAGAGGAUUAAAGGAACGGAGGUAUGAAGCCUUCAACAGGCUAAGAAUCUUCCAAGUUGUCAGCGCUGCUGUGCUUGCUGGUCUACUGUGGUGGCAGACCCCAACAUCUCACAUCCAAGACCGAAUUGCCCUGCUCUUCUUCUUCUCAGUAUUCUGGGGCUUCUUCCCACUCUAUAAUGCUGUCUUCACAUUUCCCCAAGAACGAUCAAUGCUAAUCAAGGAGCGCUCAUCUGGCAUGUACCGCCUCUCCUCGUACUUCCUAGCCAGGACUGCAGGAGACCUGCCAAUGGAACUUGCCCUCCCCACCACCUUCGUCUUCAUAAUCUACUGGAUGGGUGGCCUUAAGCCUGACCCAACCACAUUCAUCCUCUCCUGGCUGGUCGUUCUAUAUAGUGUCCUUGUCUCUCAGAGCCUCGGACUUGCAUUUGGAGCUAUCCUCAUGGAUGUCAAGCAGGCUACCACCUUGGCUUCUGUCACUACCCUUGUUUUUCUAAUUGCUGGGGGCUACUACGUACAACAAAUCCCAACCUUCAUUGUCUGGUUGAAGUACUUGAGCUACAGCUUUUAUUGUUACAAGCUGCUUCUUGGGGUUCAGUACAAAGAGGAUGACUACUAUGAGUGCUCAAACGGAACCUUGUGCCGAGUAAUAGAUUUCCCCGCCGUUAAAUCCGUGGGAUUGAACCACUUAUGGGUGGAUGUCGCCAUCAUGGCCCUGAUGUUAUUAGGUUACCGGCUAAUUGCAUUUCUGGCUUUGCAUCGGGUGCACUUAAGGACUGUACGAAGGUAGCCAGCCAACAGUCACACGACAUCCUCAGCUUUGUCCAGAGAGCCAUUCCAACCAAGAAGACACAACGGCUGAAGAGUUUUCUCUUUCUUCAACCAAGGAAUAACGUUGGAUGAAAAAUUAGGAUUCCAAUCCUUUGUCCUCAUCAAAGUAGCAUGUAGUUAGUUGCCUUUUGGUAUUUGUUAAAAAAACAAAAAAAAAAUACUGACUCAUAUU